UGGGCCGUGGCCGCAUCCAGCGUCGCCCCGCGAUUCGACGGACCUGUUUCGUAUUCGUAGCCGUCGGUGGAAUUGGAACAAGAGUUGUUUAUGUACUUAUGGUAGGAAGUAAUCCGUUAUCUGCUAAGGAAAAAAAUAAUUAGUGGUUAAACCCUGUGUACAUUUUUUCUUAUUAUAUCUUUAUCUCCGAUUUUCUCAUCGUGGUGCAUUAUUUAAGAAAAGAUCGCGUCUAUAUCCUAUAGCACAGGACUGAAAUAUGCCGGAGGAACAGAAGUCCGCUGGUAGUCAACCAGAGGUAACAGCAGAAAAUGGGACUGGAACAAACUCGCCGACCAAAAGUCCAGUGAACAAAGGCAAAACAGCUCUUGCAAGAAUCACUUUGCUAGAUGGAACCGUGAAAGACUUCCACAUAGAUAGGAAGGCGAAAGGCCAAGAAUUACUUGACAUGAUAUGUCAGAGUAUGAAUUUGAUGGAGAAGGAUUAUUUUGGCCUUAUUUACGAGGACAGACACGAUUUGCGAAACUGGUUAGAUCUGGAUAAAAGAAUCGCAAAAUUUGUGAAAAACGAACCGUGGAAAUUUAAUUUCGAGGUGAAGUUUUAUCCUCCGGACCCAGCCCAAUUACAAGAAGACAUAACUCGUUAUCAACUAUGCCUUCAAAUCAGAAACGAUAUUAUCACAGGCCGUUUGCCGUGUUCGUUUGUAACUCAUGCUCUUCUAGGUUCAUAUUUAGUUCAGUCAGAAGUCGGAGAUUACGACCCAGACGAGCAUGGCCGUACAUAUUUAAAGGAUUUCAAAUUUGCCCCUAAUCAGACUCCAGAGUUAGUGGAGAAAGUAAUGGACCUUCAUAAAACGCAUAAAGGUCAAACACCCGCGGAAGCAGAACUCCAUUAUCUCGAAAAUGCAAAAAAAUUAGCGAUGUAUGGAGUUGAUCUUCAUCCUGCUAAAGAUUCUGAGGGCGUGGAUAUAAUGUUAGGUGUAUGUUCAUCGGGUCUUCUCGUCUAUAGGGAUCGAUUAAGAAUCAAUAGGUUUGCUUGGCCAAAGAUACUAAAAAUCUCGUACAAAAGGCAUAACUUUUACAUAAAGAUUAGGCCGGGUGAAUUUGAGCAAUUUGAAUCGACGAUUGGUUUCAAAUUAGCUAACCAUAGAGCUGCAAAAAAGUUAUGGAAAGUAUGUGUAGAACACCAUACUUUCUUCAGGCUCAUGAGUCCUGAGCCUGUAAAGAAAGUCGGUUUGAUACCACAUCUGGGUUCUCGUUUCCGAUAUUCAGGAAGAACUCACUACGAGACAAAGAAGACUCCCAUUGAUAGACAACCUCCACAAUUCGAAAGAUCUUUAAGUGGUCGUCGUCCUACAUCUCGUAGUAUGGAUGCGUUAGGGGGUCCUAAACAAGUUGAAUCUUAUGGUUCAGAACCAAGUAAGAGGCAUACAAUGAGCUAUGAACCUGAAAUGAUUCCUGACAUGGAGCAUAUAGAUCAACGGCCUAGUCCAAUAAAAAAACAGAAAGAAAAGCUCUCACGCAAAACAAGUGCUGGAACAACAUCAGCUAGCAGUACCAGUAGUCUGGAAGGAGAAUAUGAUGCAGAUCGUGGCAAAAAGAAACCGGUCGGAGGAAUUGCGGUCCUACCGCCCGGUGGUCUAUUUAAGAAGAAGAAGGAUAAGAAAAACGAAAGCGAAAAGGAAAAUCAUAAUGAUCUCAACAAUUCUGAUUUAAUAAAUGAAAGUGCUAUUAUUGAUAACAACGACGUGAAAUCACCCAAUAAAAAAGAAUCGAAAAAGAAAGAUAAGGAAACACUAGAAAAAAGUGACAAGAACGAAAUAAAGUCACCUAGUAAAAAAGAAUUGAAAAAGAAAGAAAAGGAAACACCAGAAAGAAGCGCUUUUAUUGAUGAAUUAAAGUCACUCACUAAGAGAGAUUUAAAAAAGAAAGAUAAGGAAAUGCUAGAAAAAAGUGCUACUCUUGACAACAAUGAAAUAAAGCCACUCAGUAAAAAGGAAUUGAAAAAAAAAGAAAAGGAAAUGUUAGAAAAAAAAGACAAGGAAAUUUCAGAAAAGAAAGAUAAGGAAAUGUCAGAAAAGAAAGACAAGGAUAUGUCUGAAAAGAAAGAUAAGGAACUGUUAGAAAAGAAAGAUAAGGAACUGUUAGAAAAGAAAGACAAGGAUAUGUCUGAAAAGAAAGACGGUGAAACGCCAGAAAAGAAAAGCAAGGAAAUGUCAGAAAAGAAAGGCAAGGAAACGCCAGAAAAAAUAGAUAAGGAAAUGCUAGAAAAAAAAGAUAAGGAUUUGUUAGAAAAGAAAGACAAGGAAACGUCAGAAAAGAAAGAUAAAGACAAGAAAGACAAAAUAAAGGAUAUACGGGAUGUAAUAAAACCAUUUUCUUCAAAAACGAAGAAAAUUUUAACUUCAAGCACUACCCCAACAAUAGUGAAAACCACAACUAAACAAUCUGUAGUGAAGGAUCAAGAAGGUGUGACACAAAACAUAGAAGAAAAAGUAGAAGAUCUUACACCUGGAGGCACAGGCCAAGUAACUGUUUCUACACAAAUUAAUAAGGCAGAGGCAUCAGAUGAUGGUAGAGCCCCAUACAUGACAGCAACUGCUGUUACUACACGCACUGCUACAAUGCAUGAAGAUCUUGAAAAAAAUCAGAAAACCAGUCAGGUAGAGGAAAAAACUGUAGCACAUACAACAGCAACCAGUGCAACAAGACAAGAACAGAGAGUAGUAACUCAAGAAGUUCGAACAACAAGUCAUGUACUUUCUGGUGAACAGCUGUUCUCACGAAGGCUCAGUACAUCCAGUUCAAGCAGUGAUGAUUCAGGUACUCCAAUUGACCUUGAAGAUGAUCAACAGGCUUUCUACAACCAAUAUUAUCAGGGUGAUCCAGCUGGUGUUGUUGAAACAGAAACGCAUGUUUACAAAGGAGAGCCAGAAAAUAACGUAACAACAACUACCACAGUUCCACUAGUAGCAACUGAAACUAGAAAGGUAGCUGUUGAAAGUGAAGAUGGUAUGUACAGUGCAACUGGGGAAAUAGUUAGUUCUCAGACAAUAUCCAGUAAAACUCGCACUGUUGAAACGAUAACGUAUAAAACUGAAAGAGAUGGAGUUGUAGAAACUCGUGUAGAACAAAAAAUUACGAUACAAUCAGAUGGCGAUCCGAUUGAUCAUGAUCGAGCUUUGGCAGAAGCAAUUCAAGAGGCAACAGCAAUGAACCCUGAUAUGACAGUAGAAAAGAUAGAAAUUCAACAGCAAACAGCGCAGUAACUUGUAAUGCAUCAAAAAUCACCUUUGUAAGAAGGGCACUCUUUGUCUAAAAGAUAUAAUGCUCGUAAUUUUAAAAAAGAUAAAAUAAAAAAUUAAAUUGAUAUAUAUAUAUAUUGUGUAUAUCUUGGAUAUACAAUGAAUGGCAAAUGAUUUGACUCAGUUUUUGCUAUUGCCAACAUUUAAUUAAUUUAUCAUUUAACAUAUAAGAAACAUUUCUUAUAACAAAUGUUGUUCAAUGCUACGAGCUUCAACUUGAUUAAAAAUCAAGUUCUUACAAAAAAAUGUCAUGGUAUGUUGUACCAUAAACAGCAGUGUUCAUAUUCAAAGUAUGUAUUAUUUACAUACUUAAAAACAUAAAUAUAUAUUAAACAUAUUAUGUAUACAUAGCUAUAUAUAUAUGUAAACAAAAGCUAAUUUGUUUAUAACUAUAAAAAUAUGACAGAGUGCCCACAAACUUACAUCACUGCUUCAGAGCGAACAAAAUCAUAAUAUUCACGCGAUGUCUCAUGUAAUAAGCAUAUUAAGCUAUUCAUAUAAAGUUCGUUUAAAUAAUGUUCAAAUCUUGUUCAACAAUAUUAGAGGAAUAUUCAAAAGCUUAAUUUUUUAAAAUCUUUUGCAGAUUUUCUGUUGUAAUUUAAAUUUCUAAUUUUAAGACUUCGUCUAUGAGCCUAAUAUAAUAAAAAACAUAAGAAUUAAAAUCAUCUUAAAAAAGAUUGAAGUUUUGACAAGUCAAGCAUAUGUAACUGUAACAUGCGUUUACAUUAAUAUGCGUUUAAACUAUAUGAACAUUAUAAUAUAUAUAUAUAAGUCACUUGGAGAAGAAUAUAUAGAAAGUAACAGUGGAAGACUUAUAAUAUCUAAGUAAGAGACAUACAAAAUUUUUUUAUAAGGCUUCGUAUGAUUUAAAUGUAGCUUUUUUGCAAUAAUUUUUUUGUAUAUGUUAAUUAUUUGUGACAUAUUUUUUUCAAAGUGGAUAUUACAUAAUGUUUACUGUAUGACAAAGUCAGAUUUCUCUAACUAUGAAAUAUUAAUAUAUACAUUAAAAUAAAUACAUAUAUAUAUAUUAUAUAUAUGUACAUGUACACAAACAUUUAUGAUUAUUUGGAAAAGAAAAUAGAAAUCUACAAAGUUUCCUGUAACUUAUAGUAUUAUUAUCCAGCAAUGUAAAUUAAAAGGAGAUACACAUUGUUAACAUUGCUAUUGUAUACAUCUUUUAUUUAAUAAUUUAAAAAUAUGUAUUUGGAAACUAUGUAGAUUUUCAAAAUAUACUUCAAAGAUUAUAAGAUUUAUUAGUAAUAUUAAGAUAAAAAAUCAUAUGUAACUUCAUACCAAGAGCUAUGAUGCAUUGGUCAGCGUAUAUGUCUAAAUUUAGCUGUAACUUUUGUAGUUUUAAGACUACAAGUUCAUAUAAGAUUUUAUUUGUUUAAUAGGUUAUUUAAUUUUUGUAUGAACAACACAUAGAUAUUGCUAAGAAGGAGGAAAGGCUGAUAACCUGAAUUUACAAUAAAAUUAUUAAGAUGCAAGUUAUACUUUGCAAAAAUAAAGCUAUAUAAAUAUAUAAUGUUAUAAAUAUUAAUACAUACCGCUGCUUCAUAUAUUUAUGUGUGAAUAAUAUAUACGUAUAUAUAUUGUACAUGCAUCAAUUAUGAAGCAACAUUAAAAUAUGCAUGUCACACUGUAGGAGGCUUGUUUAUACCUUUGUUCUUUUAAGUAUUGAUUAAAAAAUAUCACUAUAUAUUACGUUCGCAUUUUGCACAAAGCAUUUAUUUUAUAGUACUAAAAAAUAUAUUUCACAUGUUAAUAAUAAAAAAAUCUUUUUACUUUUCUACUUUUUGCAUAAUACAUAAUAAAGUGGAAAAAAUAUUACCAUAUACAUUAGUUUAAUAGCUGUUUAUAUUUAUUAUAUCUUUUCUUAGUGAUUGUGAACUUUGUCCAUGUACAGUACCAGUCAGUAUUGUUGUAUUGUAUUAUGUCAUUUUAUACGUAUAAAUAAAAAACAUUAAAAUUUCUAUAGAACAAAGGAUAAUCAUAGACCGUCUACGUGCAAGUUGCAUUUCGUCUUAUGUGUCACAUUCUGUUAUACGCUGGCAGCUAAUGAAUUGUUCAAAUUUUAUAAAAUAUAUUGAUCGCAAUCUCAUUUUACUAUAUAGUAUUAGUUUAUAUUUCAAAUAUGCUCAACAAGUAUAUUAGUUCUUAUUUUUUUAUUUAUGAGCAGUUUUAGAAAUUUCGUAAAUCGAGUUUUAUGUCUCGAUAUUAUAAAAGGCAGUAAAAUUAUGUUGAAGAAGAAAUUGAUUUCCUACUUGUACCUUCUACACCAUGUAAUUCCAUAAUUUAUAUAUUUGUUUUUAUUGUAUCUAACAUUCCAUGCUUAUAGUGACUAACAAAUAUGUAUUAUAAAAGCCUGUGUCAUUUAAAACUUAUUUAUUCGUUUAUUCGUAUUAUUAUAUUUAUCGCAAUUUUAUAUUAGCUCUGCUUGAAGAGGUUUUUCAUUACAUUCAAUUCAUGUGCUUCUUGUGUUUCAGUUGUUACUCACAAAGUUAAGCUAUAAAGAUAAGAUAGAAAUCUUCAAGCAGUGUACAAAUGUAGUUAAUAGUAUUUUGUACUUUAAUACUUCUGUGGUUCAUUUAGUGAUAACACGAUGAUUAUAAUAUUAUAUACUUAAUAUUAUAGUUAUAUAAUAUAAUUAUAUAAUAGUAUUUUAUGUGUAAGAACGUCAUAACUGUUUAACUAUGCACGUUUUGUUAUUAUUAAAUUGUAUUAUUGUUUGACACGCAUGAAUUUCAAUGUACUUUAUUUUAGUUAUGAAAAUGUUAUGUUAAUGCACAUAUAAUAUAAAUGUCGCCUUAGUGCUAGAAAGUUGUACAAAAUAAUUGUAAUUAGUUUGCCUCCAGCUUUUUAAGAUAAUUUGCCAUACACUUUUUUUCAGCGCGAUUUGAUCAUAGAUUUUAUUUUUAUCUCAUACACGACUUUCCAGCAUGCAGGCAAUAAUUAAUGGUUCAUAUAGAAAUUAUUUAAUACAUAAUUAUAAAAAAAAUUUAAUGCAAAUGAAAAAUAUACAAUGAAUUAUAAAUAAUUUUCUAAAAAAAUAUAUUAAUAAAUAAGAAGAAUACCUCUCAUCCAAAAAGUUUGUUUUCUUAUAUGCAGUGUAUUAUGUCAUUAAUAUGUUCCCAGAUUCAAAUAGGUGGCAAUUUAAUAAUUUCACUGUUUAACAAAGGUUGUACACUAGGAAAGUUCUUAGUCUUAAUUACAUUACUCCGAAAUGGUUUUGUGGUAACAUGACCAUUCUUUAUAAUAUUUGUACCUAAUGUAAUUAUAAUAGUUGAUUAAAUAUUAAUAACAUUUUUACAUGUAUUAAAAAUUAUUUAAAUAGCUUUUUGUAUCAAGUUACCUAUUUUCCAUGAUGGAAAUAUAUAUGAUUGUGUUUUAUUCAUCGCAGAUGUAGUAGACAAUUUUGCAUCAGGAUAUUGAAAUAUCGCUCUGGAUAUUGAUUCUUUUAAUGAAGGCGGUAAAUUUAACGAACCUGUAAUAUGAAGAUAUUCAUUAAAAGUUUAUGUUUGUUAUGAAAAAAUUGUCAAUAAUCAUACUUGUAAUAUCUUCAUCUAGUGUCGUAUUCAAUAAUUUCUUUGUGUGAUAAAGAUGUUUAUUUAUCUUAAAUCUUUUCAUGAAACAUUUAUAUACAUCUGUAACCAUUUUUCCGUCAAGAGUUUCUGUAAAUUAGCAUUAUUUAGAGAGCAAAAUGUAAAUGGUAAGAAGAAGAAAUCCAAAUAAACUAACAUACUUAUUGUGUCAUUA